GUGCGACCGUCUGAUUUUCUCCGAGCCCGACUAACAAACACUACGUGUCAUUUGCCGAAUUUCAGGACGAAUUAACGAUGCAUACGGUUUUAACCAGAGGAAAUGCCACCGUGGCGUACUCCCUGAGCGUCCUGGCCUGCCUCACCUUCAGCUGCUUCCUCUCCACCGUUUUCCUCGACUACAGAACCGAUGCCAACAUCAACACCGUCCGAGUGCUGGUGAAAAACGUUCCCGACUACGGCGCCUCCCGUGAGAAGCAUGAUCUGGGCUUUGUCACCUUCGACCUGGAAACGAACCUCACCAGCGUCUUCAACUGGAACGUGAAACAGCUGUUCCUCUACAUGACCGCCGAAUACAAGACGCCCUCAAACACACUCAACCAGGUGGUGCUCUGGGACAAGAUCAUUCUGCGCGGCGAGAACCCCGUGUUGGAUUUCAAGAAAAUGAACACCAAAUACUACUUCUGGGACGAUGGCAAUGGCCUGCGCGACAAUCGCAAUGUCUCGCUAUAUCUCUCAUGGAACAUAAUUCCGAACGCCGGCCUUCUGCCCUCCGUGCAAGCCACCGGCAAGCAUGUCUUCAAAUUCCCCUCAGAAUACGCCACCUCGUCCAUUUAGAAACAGAUUUUCAUAGAUUAAAAAAAUGAUACAGCUGCA